CUUCCACUCAGCACCCUUCAGGUCGACACUAGACAUCAUGGGCCAAAAAAGGCAGCGCGACUCAAAAAGCUCGACCUUCCACGCUAAAAAGCGGAAGAAGGCCGAGAACGCGACGGCAGCUGAUUCGGACGACGGCUGGGAUGGUAUCGUCGGCGCGGACGAGCUGAACUGGAAGGAAGUAGCUCUACCUGAUCGUCUUGAGGAUGCUGGAGGAUUUUUUGGUCUGGAAGAAAUCGAAGGUGUUGAUAUAGUGCGAGGUUCGGGCAAUGGAGAGGUUAAAUUCAAGGCCGUUGUUGGGAAACCGAAGAAGUCUAUUUUGAAAAAGAAGGCGCCAGAGGAUGAGAAACCCGAAUACGAUGAGGAGUGGUCAGGCUUCAGCGACGACGACGACGCGGACCGGCCAGAAAACGCUUCCUCACCCGCCGUAGAGAAACUUGAAAAGUCGGACACGAAGGCGGACAAGAAGAGCGAGAAGGAGGCCAAGGAUGCAAAGAAGAAAGAAUCUAAAGCUGCGAAGAAGGAACAGAAGGAGAAAGGUUCGGCAAUUCAGCACGAUACGAGCAUUAAUGCCGGCCUUUCGUUUGCCGCUCUUCAAGAUACGGAAGAAGAUGAUGGAGCCGAUGUCUCUGCUUGGGACUCGUUGGGUCUCUCUCCCGAGAUACUCACUGGCCUGUCCAAGAUGAAAUUUGCCUCUCCGACAUCAGUGCAGGAGGCUUGCAUACCUCAGAUAUUGGAGGGACAUGAUGUUAUUGGAAAGGCUUCUACAGGUUCCGGAAAGACGCUGGCAUUCGGUAUUCCCAUCCUUGAACAUUACCUGGAGAAGAAGCGCGAUGAUGUUAGUGCAGAGAAGGGAAAGAAGUCAGAAAAAGACUCGACUCCAAUCGCUCUGAUCCUGUCACCCACCAGAGAGCUUGCUCAUCAGUUGUCGAAGCAUAUCGGGGAGCUGAUCGCCCAAGCUCCGGGUAUUAACGCACGCAUUGCGCUUUUGACUGGUGGACUCUCGGUGCAAAAGCAGCAACGUCUACUGUCCGGAGCUGAUAUCGUGAUCGGGACACCGGGUCGAGUGUGGGAAAUUUUGAGCACUGGGCAAGGGUUGAUUCGGAAGAUGCAGCAGAUCAAAUUCCUUGUGGUCGACGAGGCCGAUCGCCUUCUGAGUGAGGGUCACUUCAAAGAGGUUGAAGAGAUUUUGAACGCUCUGGACCGUGUCGAGGAUGGCGAGGUUCCUGAUGGUGAGGAUCAAACAUCGGAAGAGGAAUCUGAUCCUAGCUCUGAAAGACAGACAUUGGUCUUCUCCGCCACCUUCCACCGUGAUCUGCAACAGAAGUUGGCUGGUAAAGGGAAUUGGACCGGAGGAGAUGUUAUGGAUAAGAAAGAAUCCAUGGACUACCUCCUGCAAAAGCUGAACUUCCGGGAGGAGAAGCCCAAGUUCAUCGAUAUGAACCCCGUCUCGCAGAUGGCUGACAACCUCAAAGAGGGGAUUGUCGAAUGUGGUGCCAUGGAAAAAGAUCUCUUCCUCUAUACACUACUUCUAUACCAUCCCAAACACCGGACACUCGUCUUCACCAACUCGAUCUCUGCCGUCCGUCGUCUCACUAAACUCCUUCAGACUCUCCAACUCCCAGCCCUGGCCCUUCAUUCAUCUAUGGCCCAAAAGGCACGACUUCGCUCGGUCGAACGUUUCUCUUCACCCUCAUCCGAUCCCUGCACCAUCCUAAUCGCCACUGAUGUAGCGGCCCGCGCAGAUGCCUACGUUCACCGCUCCGGCCGUACAGCUCGUGCUGGCGCAUCCGGUAAGAGCGUCAUUAUCUGCGGACCCGACGAGAUGAUCGGUGUCGUCCGUCUCGCUGCCAAGGUGCAUGCGAAGACAGCGAAUAGCAAAAAGCUGCCGCUGGAAUCAUUGGAGCUGGACCGUCGCGUCGUGUCACGCGUCAAACCCCGUGUUAGCCUCGCCAGCCGCAUCACGGAUUCUAAUAUAGCCAAGGAGAAGAUCUCAGCAGAGGACAAUUGGCUGCGCAACGCCGCGGAGGACCUGGGCGUUGAGUACGACAGCGAGGAGUUCGACGAAUCCAACGGCAAAGGGCGUGGUCGCGGCCGUGGUCGUCAGCAGAAGCAAAAGGAGGUAGGGAGCGUUAGUAAGGCUGAGCUGACGGGGUUGCGAGCGGAGUUGAAGCAGCUGCUUUCCCAGCGGGUGAAUGUGGGCGUUAGCGAGCGGUAUCUGACUGCUGGGCGUGUGGAUAUCGAAGCAUUGCUCCGUGGGGAAGGCAAUUCUUCAUUCCUGGGGCCUGUCGAUCCACUGAACUUUUAAGCUGUAUUUAUAUAC